AUGAGAGAUCAAAAGAGGCAUAGAAAUGCUGCAGAUAGGAGGUAUGGAAAUACAUUAAUGAUUGCUGGCCUUGGCGCAGGUGGAAAUAAGAUUAAGAAGCAGAUUAGAAACAUUGAGCGUCUUUUGGCCAAAAAACGUGAGGUUCUAUCUGAUAAGGUUAUUGUGGAUAACGAGCGUGCUCUUCAGGCACUACGGCUGGAACUUGCAGCGGCGGAAGAGCGCGCACUUGCACGCGCAAAUUCGCGAAAAUACCACAUGGUUCGGUUUUUUGAGCGAAAGAAGGCUAUGAGGCAUUACCGCCAAGCACAGCGCGACGUCAACAAUGCUGCUGAGAAAAACGAGCAAUUGAUUGCUAACCUGCGUAAAGCUGAGGUUGAUCUUUGUUAUGUGGUGAAUUUUCCCAAAACGCAAAAGUAUGUUGCCUUAUUUGCAGGGGAAGAAGACUCCACUGAGGAUACCAUAGCGACCAGAAGGGCGUAUCUAGAAGAGGUUGAACGCCAACUAGCAGCUGGCACCCUUCCUGUUCCUCUCGAAGCCGCCGUACGAGGUAAGAAGCUUCCAAGGGAAAGCGCUGGUAUACGCUUGGCUGGUGAAGUGGAUGAAACUCACGAUGGUGUUGAAGAGUUUGAUAAACAUGCCAUUGACGCUCCUGAAAGUGAAGAAGACGACUUUUUUGAAUAA